AAGAAAAGAGAGAGUGGCGUGAUUUGAUGACGCUACCCGCUUCGCGGCGAACAAUGAUGAUGUCAUCGAAGGCCCGUCCAACCAUUUGCGACCCCUUUUCGAGCUGCACCAGAGCAUGAGAGUUCUAUGGAGGCCAUUUGUUUUCUCAAGAAGACUUCAGAAAGUGGAAAACUGUAACACAACUGUAUCAGAAUUGUUGAUUCCACUAGCAUGGACAACAGUCACACAGCAGCUUAGGAAAGUACCUGAUAUUUUCUUUUGGGGUCAAAGAAAAAGAUUCUCAACCAUGCCAGAAACAGAAACAAAUAAAAGAGACUCUGAGUUAUUUUCACCACCUUCUGAUGUCCGAGGAAUGACAAAACUUGAUAGAACAGCUUUUAAAAAGACAGUCACAAUUCCAGUGCUUAAAGUGAGGAAAGAAAUAGUCAACAAAUUGAUGCGAUCUCUUAAAAGGGCAGCACUGCAGCGCCCAGGCAUAAAGCGAGUGAUUGAAGAUCCAGAAGAUGAAGAAAGUAGACUAAUUAUGUUGGAUCCCUAUAAAAUGUUUACUCAUGAUUCCUUUGAGAAAGCAGAACUCAAUAUUUUAAAGCAACUUAAUGUCAGUCCACAGAUUACUAAAUACAGUUUAGAACUAACUUAUGAAAACUUUAAGUCAGAAGAAAUCUUGAGAGCUGUACUUCCUGAAGGUCAAGAUGUGAUUUCAGGGUUUAGCAGAGUUGGGCAUAUUGCACACCUGAAUCUUCGAGAUCAUCAGCUCCCCUUCAAGCAUUUAAUUGGUCAAGUUAUGAUUGACAAAAAUCCAGGAAUCACCUCAGCAGUGAAUAAAAUCAAUAAUAUUGACAAUACAUACCGAAAUUUCCAAAUGGAAGUGCUAUCUGGAGAAGAGAACAUGAUGACCAAGGUUCGAGAAAACAACUACACCUAUGAAUUUGAUUUUUCAAAAGUCUAUUGGAAUCCUCGUCUCUCCACAGAACACAGCCGUAUCACAGAACUUCUAAAGCCUGGGGAUGUCCUAUUUGAUGUUUUUGCUGGAGUUGGGCCCUUUGCUGUUCCAGCAGCAAAGAAAAACUGCACUGUAUUUGCCAAUGAUCUCAAUCCUGAAUCCCAUAAAUGGCUGUUGCACAACUGUAAAUUAAAUAAAGUGGACCGAAAGGUGAAAGUCUUCAACUUGGAUGGUAAAGACUUUCUCCAAGGACCAGUCAGAGAAGAGUUAAUGCAGCAGCUGGGACUGUCAAAAGAAAGAAAACACUCUGUCCACAUUGUCAUGAACUUGCCAGCAAAGGCUAUAGAGUUUCUCAGUGCUUUCAAAUCACUUUUAGAUGGGCAGCCAUGCAGCAGUGACCUCCUUCCCAUAGUGCACUGUUACAGCUUUUCCAAAGAUGUUAAUCCUGCUAAGGAUGUUCAACAACAAGCUGGAGCAGUGUUAGGCAUUUCCUUGGAGGCUUGCAGUUCAGUGCACCUAGUAAGAAAUGUGGCCCCUAACAAGGAAAUGCUCUGCAUCACCUUUCAGAUUCCUGCUUCUACACUCUAUAAGAACCAGACCAUAAAUCUAGAGCAUGGUGAAGAUCCACCUCUUAAACGGCAGAAGACAGAUAAUGCCUUUUCAGAAGGAAAAGCACAAAUUGCUUCAAACACUUAAUUGGAAAUAUUUUCUCCAUCUGCUCACUGAACUUAUGUGUAAUAAAAUACAACUUAUGUGACUUCAUAAAAUUGUAGCAUUCAGUUACUCUAUUAUUGAACCCUUAUAUUUUGCCCUGUUUUAUAAACUGAGUGUUAUUAAAUUAAACUAAAUGUGCUAACUAUAUUUUUAUCUAAAUUAUAAUAUGUAAUUAUUUUAUAAUCUAAAUUAUAUCUGUUCAUCAGGUAAAUACACUUAUUGUCUGUCUUGGGAAAAUGGUUUUUGAAGACAGUAAUUGCUGUCUAACUAGGAAGGCACUAAUAACACUUUUUAGUCAUCUUUUGUGAAAGAGUAUAGUUAUUUUACAUAACUACUUCUCUAGUACUAAUUAUCACUAUAAAAAGUCAUUAAAAAAUGAUAUUACUUAGAGCAGGGACAGGCAAACUAUAUCCUGCAGACUACAUCUGGCCUACCACGCCUUUCAGGCGUUCAACAUUGAGAGUGCAUUUUGUGACAUGUGAAAACUGUAUAAAAUUUGAGUUUCAGCAUACAUAAAGUUUUACUGGAACAUACCCUACUCACGUUUUCUUACUGUCUAUAGCUGCUUUCUUGAUAAAGCAGCGAAGUGAACACUGCAACAGUCUUACUGUGACUCAUCUUCACACUGUUGCUUGCCAUACUACAAAUCACAGUGACAUGGAUGUAGAAACUCUACAUUUUGAAUGCCAUAUAUAAUAUAGCCCAGCCACAAAUUCUUUUAUUAUCAGUACACACUUAUGUUAGGAAAGAAAAGUGGACUUGGAAUGUUGUGCUUUGGAAGCACAGUGGAGUGUGAAUUAUUUCAACAUUGAAUUAGAUGACAAAAAUCUAUAGCUAAUUGAAAACCAUACAAUAUACAUUGAUAUUACCAGACAAAGCAAUUGUCACAGUUUGGUCUUUCCCAGAAUGUUAUGUAGUUGAAACCAUAUAGUAUAUAUCCUUUUCAGGAGUGAGUUAGAGCCCUUCUUUCUUACUAAAUGCAUUGAAAUUCAAAAUUGUUUUGAAACUCAACCCACGUACUGUACAUUGAUGUCAGGUUGGAAAAGUACACAUAUAAAUGAUGUUCAUGUCACCCCUUAGACAAAAUAUAUGGUAAUUGUAAAGAAAACAAUACAUGCUUCAUUUAGUAUUUUAACCCUUACCCUUUUCACUUAGAGUGGAGAAGUAAAUGUUGUUAUUAUUUCAUUAUUUAAAUCUAGGCUCACCCUAAACUUUUAGAUGUGAUCUACAGUAUCCUCUUGAUGAAUCCACUAGGAAAAUAACAGCUGGAAAACGCAUUAGGUACAUUUUUUUUAAAUUUUGUUAACUUUUUAACAGAUUCUUGCCACCUUAAUUGGAUUUUUAAAAUUAUUUUCUUACCACCUGUGA